UAGCCUCUCUCUGCAAUGACCACCGGAGCAUGUCGCAUUCCAAACAAAAUCAGGCGAGAUGAGAGCCACUACCAUAUUCUUCAUUCUUCUUAUCAUAGUGUCGGAGGGGAUUUGUGGAAUACAAGUUAAAGGGUUUGUAGGUGGUGCCCUCCUCAUUAAAUGUAAAUUUGAAGAGAAGUAUAAACACGAUAAAAAGUUAUUCUGCAAGAGCGGGGACAAAAAGUGUCCAUUUGAAAGUCAGACUGUGGACAGCAGAUAUAAAGAGUUCAAUUACAAAUCUGAAGGGCUAUAUGUGGUCUUCAUCAAACACCUGGCCCUUACGGAUGCUGGAGAUUACAGCUGUGUGCUGGGCAAUGAUAAGAACACAGAGGUGACGAUUAGCAUUAAAGAAGAUAGUUGCUGUACCCAGCCCCUAACAGUGAGCAGUGACGUGGGGGGACAUGUUGACAUCCCCUGCAAGUAUCCGAGGGAGUCGAAGGACAACAACAAGGUUUUUUGCAGGCAGGGGAACGUAUUCACCUGUAACAACCUGAUCUCAGAAAAGCCAAAGCCAGCCACCAGUGAACGGUUUUCUGUUUCGGACGAUAUGCAGCAGAACACCUUCACCGUGCACAUUAGAAACGUGUCCAGCAGCAAGGACGCGGAUGUAUACUGGUGUGGAGUAAGAACCGGGUCCAACACUGACAGUGUGGCUCUCCUCACACAGGUCACACUUAAAGUGCAAGACCCAGAGAGGCCAUCUCUGUCACCAGCCGUUUCACCUUUAAUCAUAGGAGUGUGUCUGACUCUUGCUGUGCUGAUAUUAGGCAUCGUUAUCUCCAUAUACCUCAAGUGCAGACACAACAGAACAUCAAGUGAUCUUCUCACAAGGAAGCCCAGAGACAAGAUACAGGCCUGCAGUGCUGAUGGUGAUAUUAAGGACUGUGACCGGCCUCCUCCUCUUCCUCUAACGAACCCCAGAUCCCCCGUCUCAAACCCCCGGGAUGAAGGUCGCCCCGUCGACCUCACUGACCCCUCUGACCCCUCUGGCCCUACGGACCCGUCUGACGGCCCCAGCUACGCCACGGUCCGUUUCCUGCGGAGCCACGAAAACACGAGCACAGCUGCUCAGCAGGCAGAGGACAGCAGCUGUGAAUACGCCACCGUGAAGCAUCCGAGCUGAGGACACACACAAACACACACACACACUUACACACACACACACACACACACACACUUACAAAUACUACUCUAGUCUCUGUGAAUAUGCCACCGUGAAGCAUCCAAGCUGAGGAAGGAGAGGAGAAGUGUCAGAGUUGGAACGAGUGUGUCACACACACACAUACACACACACACACACACACACACACACACACACACACACACAC